UGUUAUCUUGUAUUUGCUAACAUUGGUCCUUCUAGUCCGAAAAUAGCGCAAGAGAUUCUGGUCCUCCUCGACUUCGAUGGCUCCGGGACUGUUAAGACGAAAGACCUCUGCGAGGCAUUUAAGGGAACAGGAUUGUCGGAGUCCGAGGUCACCGAAUUCAUUAGCAUAUAUGAUAAGGACGAAAAGGGAAAACUGAACCUCGAAGAGCUGACCGAUAUGCUAGACCGUGUGAAUCGAAAAACCAGUGGUGCGUCCAUGCGCGAACGAAACAUCCAAGAAGACGUUAAACUGUUUCUGCAGUCAAUUGACAAGGACGGGUCAGGCACCAUCGACGCCAAAGAGCUCCUUGAGGCCCUCCCAGGAUCCGGCAUCUGCGAGAGCGACGUCAAGGCCUUCAUAGCGGAACACGACACGGAUAACGACGGAAAGCUCAAUGCAGCCGAACUCAUGGAGUUUCUCACUAGCUGUGGUCUAUAA